CUCUCAAGCAACGAUAUAGCGUGUUGGAAGAUCAAUUCCGCCGACAGUGCUCAAAAGGGCCGUGCCCUGACUGGAGCUUCACUCCUUCAUCACCAGUCGAGUGAGCGCCCUCUGUCUGCCACUAUGGCCAUGGCGUCUGCUCCAGAAACCUGGGUCGCGACCCUGGGAAUGUUUAUCAUAGACAUAUUUAGAUUCGAGGAUCCCCAGACAGGCCAGGAUCUCGGCGACCGAGGCCUCGGCGACCAGAUCGGAGGGGGCGGGACCUACUUUGCGAUCGGGGCCCGGGUAUGGCUUGACCCUGAGAACAUCUCCAUGACAAUAGAUCGCGGAUCAGAUUUCCCGCAAGCUAUUCAGGAUAAGCUCAAUACGUUUUCCAAAGGCAGCAACGGGCUUUGGCGAUGGCGAGAGAGGAAGCAAGGAGGAACAACAAGGGCCGUCAAUAUAUACCGUGGCGAGCAGAGAGGGUUCGAGUACCUUUCAGAAAAGAUCCGCUUGGAUCCCAUCCACCUGCUCGAGGAGGCGGCUUCGAGUGGAAAUGUAUCUGGGAAACUUCCUCGUUUUAUCCACUUCAUCUGCUCGCCUCAGCGGGCACUGCAGAUCGUGGACCAGGUCGACGAGCUCAAGGACCACUGGAAUGAUGGACAGCGGCCGAAGCUCGUCUGGGAACCUAUUCCGGACAGCGCGAAAGCAGAGAAUCUCCUCGACUGCAUCAGUGUCAUGCAGCGUAUCGAUAUCAUCAGUCCGAACCACGAAGAGGCUGCUUCUUUUCUUUCUGUCUCCCUCCAAGACAUUCUUUCACCCGCGUCUGUGCUCUCGACGGACCACAUCUGUGCGACGCUCGCCAGAAGGCUCGCCGUCGGCCUCGCGGAACGGUGUCCUCCUUCGUCGAGACCCCUUGUCUGCAUCCGUGCGGGCAAGUACGGCAGCGCAGUACUGGUCCCUUCUUCGGCUGCUGUGGAGGACAGCAAGGACCAAAUGGGCUGGGCAGAAGCCUAUCACACGGAAAGAGAUUCGCACCGUGUGGUGGAUGUCACAGGCGCAGGCAACGCAUGGCUGGGCGGUUUUGUUGCUUCCCUCGUUCUGCAUGAUCAAGAAAAGCGGCAGAGACGGUCUUCGGAGAGCUGGAGUUUGGGUGUGGCCUUGAAAGCGGCAAUGGUGGGUUCCGUUUCCGCUUCUUUUAUCGUCGAACAGCAAGGCCUUCCUGACUUCAAGGAAGGAAAAUGGAACGGCGAAAGCCCACAGGAGCGGCUGGUUCAGCUCGAAAGUAGAGCGCCCGUCAGUCUUGACCUUCAUUGAACUUUCAUAAUGUGUGUUUCGGUCGCAAUGAGGCGGCUCCUGGUUAGUGAAACGGUAGAUUUUUGCUGUUUUGAGAGUUAUAUGACAAGUAUACUUUUACGCAGUGUAGCAAUCUGUGUGAUGCUCCUGCGCGGAAAAUCCGAC